AUGUCUGCUGCUGCUGCUGGAGACGACGGUAACGGCGGUUUCAACGCUGGGAGCUACCAUACCGGUAACUUCUGUGGAGGUAGUGGUGGUGAUGAUAAUGAUCGUGGCGGACGCGGUCGUAACAACAACAACAACAACAACAACAACAACAACAACAACAACAACAACAACAACAACAACAACAACAACAACAACAACAACAACAACAACAACAAGAGCCGCAGGCGCCGCAACCAGCGCCGUAACAACAGCAACAACAACAACAACGACAACGCUCGUGGCGGCUACGGCGGCCGCGGCGGUCGCAGUGGUCAUGGCGGCUAUGGCGGCCACAAAGACGGGCACGCUGGCCAGCACCACCCGUCCAAGGGACCUCAAGGUGUUGGAAAGAGCCAGCCUAGCAAAGCUCGCAAGGCGCUCGCUGGCACUGGCCUGCCAGACAGUAUGGUGUCGGCGCUGAUGCCAAAGCGGGAUGGCAAGCAGCAGGCUCUGACCAGGGCGGCUGCACCACCUGCCAUGACCCAUCUAACUGGCACGCACCAGUUGGAAAGUUUUUUGGCCAAUAACGCCAAUCCUUCGCACUUCUCAGUGCCGCUUAACGACGGUUCUUUGUUUGCUGUCGGCCACCCAUCCCAGGUGCUGCAGCAAGUGGCGGCAGUUGGUGCUGCGAUCGCCAAUAACCCCUUUGCCGAGCAGUAUAUCAACACGGGUAUUAUUGCUCCCCGGAAGCGCCAGGUCAAGGCUGGCGAUAUCUUUAGCACCUGGAUGAUGCUCCGGCUCCUCCCAAUGCUCCUGUUGCCCCGGUUGGCCAUGUUGCCUAAGCUGGCCAUGUUGCCCCGGCUGGUCCUGUUGCCCAAGCUGGCGCUCUUGUUCCGGCUGGCCGUGUUGCUCCCGUUCAGUCACAAGUGGACGCUCGGUUGA